AUGAAGACUUUAUUUCUGUUGCUCCUCUUCUGUCACGUUGUAUCUCCAGUGACUCACUCCCUGCACUUUCUCCACACUGGCGUGUUUGGAGACCAAAAAUGGCCGGAGUUUGUCGGCGUUACGAUGGUUGAUGGAGUUGAGGUGAUUUACUGCGACAGCAACAUCAGUCGAGCUGAACCCAAACAGGACUGGAUGACAAAAGCCCUGGAGCAUGAUCCAAACCACAUGGACUGGUUCACCGAUGAGUGUCACGCUGGUCACCGCUCCUUCAACGCCAUGAUGAAGACUCUGAUGCAGAGGUUCGACCAAACUGGAGGUGUCCACAUUUACCAGAGGAUGUUUGGCUGUGAAUUGGACGAUGAGACUGAAGAAGUUAAUGGUUAUAAUCAGUUCGGUUAUGAUGGAGAAGAUUUCAUAGUAUUUGAUGUAAAGACAGAGACGUGGAUCGCUCCAACACCACAGGCUGUCGAUACUAAACAGGAGUGGGACACUGACAAAGCUGCGUUAGCUCACAUUAAGAACCUCCUCACCCAGCUCUGUCCUGAAAGGCUGAAGAUGUUCGUGAACUCUGGGAAGAGCUCUCUGCUGAGAACAGAGCUUCCCUCAGUGUCUCUCCUCCAGAAGACUCCCUCCUCUCCAGUCAGCUGCCACGCUACAGGUUUCUACCCUCACAGAGCUGUGAUGUUCUGGAGGAAAGAUGGAGAGGAGCUUCAUGAGGACGUGGACCAAGGAGAGAUCCUCCCCAACCAUGAUGAAACCUUCCAGAUGAGAGUUGAUCUUUCAUCAGUCACACCUGAAGACUGGAGGAGGUACGACUGUGUGUUUCAGCUCUCUGGAGUGAAGGAGGACGUCGUCACCAGACUGGACAAAGCAGAGAUCAGGACCAAUGAAACAGCAACAACAAUAUUGAAUAUCACAAUAUUUACUGGCAUAUGCAAUGUUUUUCAUAAUAUUGAGAGAAGAAAAUGA